GAAUCGAUCAUCAACGUGAUUUUUCGUUGUUGUUUUUUUAUAUAUCAAAUCCAUUCUGGAUUAAUAAAUUACACAAGUAACACCAUCUUUUGUACGGGAAAAAAUGAAUUGAUUUUUUUUGUUGUUGUUGUUGCAAAAUUGAAAAAGAAAAUUGGAUGGCAGCAUUCGUGACGACGAUGAUGAUGAUGAUGAAUCAAACGGAGUUCUUAUUUUGAUUCAUUUAAUCUGUAUUUAAAAUUGACAACGACGAUGGAAUGUUGUAAUCACACACACACACACAUUAACAUACGAAACAAGACGGCAUAUAUGAAAUGAAUAAAAUUAACAAUAUCAUCAUCAUUUGAAUAUUGGGUGGUUGAGAUGAUUGUCGUCAAUGUGCUGCUCUGGUGGCUCUGCUUUAACUAUAUCGACUAAUGGCUGAUUUAUUUUUCUAACUUUAAUCUUUGUUGUGUUAUUAAACAUUAUUUUUUUUAUUAUUAUUAUUGCCAUUAGAAUCUACGCUUACAAAUUACAUUUAUUCUAAAAAAAAUAAUUCAUUCAUUUCUUACAAAUAGGAAAUUCGUCGAAUUUGAAUAAAUGACUAUAAAUUAAUUCGAUUUAGAUUUUGGAUUUUGAUGUUUUAUAUAUUAAAAAAAUUAUGAAUGCCAAUGUCAUCACACAAAAUGGUCCAGAUUCCGGCGACAUUCAAUAUGAAUCACUAUGUAUACUACAUUUUAAUGAUUGUUAUAAUGUUGAACCUUGUGAUAAAGAACCUGUUGGUGGUGCAGCCCGUUUUGUCAACGCAUUACAUCAAUUCGAUCAUCUUGAUCCAUUGAUAUUAUUUAGUGGUGAUAUUAUUGCUCCAAGUAUCAUGAGCUCAUUUACUAAAGGUGAACAAAUGUUACCAGUUUUGGAACGAUGCAAUGUUCAUUGUGCUUUAUUCGGCAAUCAUGAAUUCGAUUUUGGUCUCGAUUGUCUAUUGGCGUUUGUUGCACGAACAAAUUUUCCAUGGUUAAUGAGUAAUGUGAUCGAUAAGAAUACUGGUUUACCACUUGGUGGUGGAAAAAUUACUCACAUUAUUGAAAAAGGAGAUCUGAAAAUUGGACUUAUAGGAUUAAUCGAAGAAGAAUGGCUAUCAACACUCGUGCUAGACGAAGAUGAUAUCAAAUAUACGGAUUUUGUUCCCGAAGGUCGUCGAUUAGCCAAAACUCUUAAGGAAGAGAAUGGUGUUCAUUUUGUGAUUGCAUUGACACAUAUGAGAACUCAUAACGAUAUACGUUUAGCUGAACAGGUUGAAGAAGUCGACCUAAUACUUGGUGGACACGAUCAUGUUUACGAAAUUCGCAAAGUCAAUGGAAAAUUAGUAAUUAAAAGUGGUACAGAUUUUCGACAAUUCAGCAAAUUAACUCUGGUUUAUGAUCAUGGAAACCAUAAAAUUCGUGAUAUUCAAGUUGAUGAGAUAAACAUCACGUCAGAUAUCGGUGAAGAUCCGUAUCUAAUUGCCGAGUUGAAUAAAUUCAAAACUGUCCUUGAGGAAAAAAUGGAAAACACUGUUGCAAUACUUGACUGUGAUCUUGAUGGUCGAUUUUCCAGUGUACGAACCAAAGAAACAAACCUAGGAAAUUUAAUAACCGAUGUGAUGCUUUACGCUGUGCCUGAUGCAGAUUUUGCAUUACUCAAUUCUGGAACAUUACGAAGUGAUCGAAUCCAUCCUAAAGGAGCAUUAAAAAUGCGUGAUCUGGUCAACAUUUUACCAUAUAUGGAAUCCUUAUUGGUUAUAAAUAUUGAUGGACGUCAAACAUAUCGAGCUUUAGAAAAUGGCGUUUCUCAAUUUCCUAAAUUCGAAGGUCGUUUUCCUCAAGUGUCUGGUAUAAGCUUUAAAUUUGAUCCAUCAAAACCAUCUGGAUCUCGUGUUGAUAUCAACAGUAUAAUGAUACAAGGAGAGCCACUUGUUGAAGAUAAAAUAUAUAAAAUGGUAACCAAAGAAUUUAUUGUACAAGGCAAAGAUGGAUAUGAAGUAUUGAAAGAAUGUUCAAUAUAUAAAAAUACUGAACAAUGUUUGACACUACUUCAAGCUGUCAAUGAAUAUCUAGAAACAUAUAAAUUAAUACAAGCAUUGAAUGAUAAUUCAAUCAUUUCGAAUGGAAAGAAAAAUUCUAUUCGCCGUAAUUCAUUGAAAAUAAUCCUGCCACAAGCUGCUGCCAAUCUAAAAAAUUCUAAUGACUAUGUUUGCCAUUUAAAUCCUCAGAUGGAAAACAGAAUUAUUAUCUAAAAUGAUUAUCAUCUCAAUCUCAAUUAUAUUCAUUUGUUGUUAUAAAUUACAAAUUUUUUU